UGGCACUUUUGCGCUGAUUAAUUCGUCGGGGAACCUAUGAAGAAGCAUGUUUGCGUGGGAACAAUUUGAGCCGAACACUCCUCCCAUACAGGCUGAUGCAAGUUAAAUGAGUGAGCUGUCAGCCGAGUGUGAAGACAACACUACGCCAGUGUGAAGAAGAUGACAGACUGUCAGGCAGACGGGGAAGGAGCGAAGAGUCCUAUGGAGCUCUACGAGAAACUGACAGAGCAAGGAGACCAAGUCAGGGUCUUGAAAACAGCUAAAGCUGACAAAGCUGAAAUUGACGCUGCUGUGAAGUUGCUGCUGAAGUUGAAAGUGGACUACAAACAGAUGACAGGUCAGGACUACAAGGCAGGCUGUCCGCCCUCAGAAAACUCUGUCGCCCCUGACAACGGGCCAGCAGCAGAUGGCGCUGAUGAAGACACUGUUGACCCGUGGAACGUUGCCACCACCAACGCCAAGGGAGUGGAUUAUGACAAACUCAUAGUGCGGUUCGGCAGCAGUAAAAUUGAUCAAGAGCUGGUGGACAGAAUAGAAAAAGUUGCAGGACAGACGCCUCAUCGCUUUCUACGAAGGGGAAUCUUCUUUUCACACAGAGAUAUGCAUCAAGUACUGGAUGCAUAUGAGAAGAACAAGUCCUUCUACCUUUACACUGGCAGAGGCCCGUCCUCAGAGGCCAUGCACGUCGGUCACCUCAUCCCCUUCAUCUUCACCAAAUGGUUGCAGGAUGUGUUUGACAUCCCCCUGGUGAUCCAGUUGACUGACGAUGAGAAGUACCUGUGGAAGGAUCUAACACUGGAAGAUUGCCAUCGCUUCGCUGUGGAAAAUGCCAAGGACAUCAUUGCCUGUGGCUUUGAUGUCAACAAGACUUUCAUCUUCUCUGACCUCGACUACAUGGGUUCAUCCCCUGAGUUCUACAGGAAUGUGGUAAAGAUCCAGAAACAUGUGACAUAUAACCAGGUCAAAGGCAUCUUUGGAUUUACAGACAGCGACUGCAUUGGAAAGAUCAGCUUCCCAGCCAUCCAGGCGGCGCCGUCCUUCAGUAAUUCUUUCCCACAGAUCUUUGGAAGCAGAAAGGACAUACAGUGUCUCAUCCCCUGUGCCAUAGACCAGGACCCAUACUUCAGGAUGACCCGUGACGUAGCGCCAAGGAUCGGCUAUCCCAAACCAGCCCUGCUGCACUCCACCUUCUUCCCAGCCCUGCAGGGGGCGCAGACCAAGAUGAGUGCCAGCGAUGCCAACUCCUCUAUCUUCCUCACAGACACACCAAAGCAAAUCAAAAACAAGGUCAACAAACAUGCAUUUUCUGGAGGAAAAGACACAGUGGAAGAGCAUAGGAAAUAUGGUGGGAACCCGGACGUAGACGUCUCCUUCAUGUACUUGACCUUCUUCCUUGAAGAUGAUGAACAGCUGGAGAAGAUCAAACAGGACUACGCAAGUGGAGCUCUGCUAACAGGAGAACUUAAGAAGAUGUUGAUUGAAACUCUGCAGCCAAUGAUUGCCCAGCAUCAAGAGCGACGCAAACAAGUCACAGACGAGACCGUCAAGCAGUUCAUGACACCCAGGCCUUUAAAUUUUAAAUUAUAGCCUGCUUGAGCAACUGAGAUAUCAACAUUCAUCAUGUCACUAAGCAAAAUGCAGGAAAAAUUCAUUCAUUCAUCUUCUUCCAUUGAAGAUUAUUGUAAUGUGUACUGGGAAGACGGACAGUUUCUCAUUCAGGUCUGGCAACAAAACUUAACUGUAAAUUAGUGGACCGACGAUGUGCAUUUCUGUGUAAAACUCAGCAUGGGAUUGCCCACGCCUUCAUGCUAACUGUCAUGCUACAUGUAAGCUUCAUGCUGCACCAAAUGUACACAUUUGUCUUCAUCACGUGAUUGUGUUUGCAGCGCCGACCUGCUCCUCUCCCUGAAAUCAGCUCAGGAUGAAUGACGAUUAAAGUGGAGUACAAAUGUA